CGAUUGCAUCGGAUUUUCUUGGAUUCCCUGCUCCCCUCCAUCCUUCAUUCUUUUUCUCUGCUCGUUUUUUGCUACGGGACCUUGGGCGCAAUGCGGUUACUGAGGUUACCACUGGAGGGUCCGAAGGAAACCUAUGGUUAUUUCUAUUCUGUUUACCGGGAAGCGAUGCAUUGCUGCGUCACCGCCAUUGCAGGUUCAAGACGCUCUGACUGAUCUUUCUGAUUUUACGUUUGCGACUGGAUUAUUUUGUUUGAUGUGGCGAUACCCUCUACCUGUGCUCUUGUUGUACUUGUUUGAUUCCUGGUUUUUUACUUACGCAUAUGAUUUUGUCUCACCAUUUGGAAUCCCGGUGGCAUUUCACACGUUCUAUUCUCAUUUCCUUUGUUCUUUUUCGUUUCGUCGAGCAGGACGGUCGCAUUGUUUAGGGCGUCACUACGGGACUGGUUGCAUCAUCGGGUAUAAAUGGUGGAGGAAUUCAUGUACGAGACUGGAUUAAAGGCCACUCCGCUCCUCGAGGAAGCAGUGUGCUCUAUCGAUUGAUUCAAUCCUGUCCGAUGUCUGCAAGGCUUCUUGAAGAUGUCCUUAGCUCGGACCUGUCUAUCGUUACCUUCUUCUUCCUGUUUUAAUAAAUAUGACAGACGCGGCUGGAACGCUCAUCCAUCCGGGCGUUGUACAGCCAGCUUGGUAUCAAGAUUA